GCUUGAGCGUGACUCAGGCUACGGUCAUGUGACAGAUGUUUUUGUUGUAUCGCUUCCGCCUAGAGGGUUUCUGCUACUGUCAUGUGGAUUCCGAACUGACAGGUUAAGGGGUUCAAAUCUCUUUGUCGACUCUUCCAGAAAUAUCUUUUAGGGGUUUUAGCACACCCCAACUCUGGAAAAACUAUUCUUGGGAGCUGUUUGAAAGGCCGGGUCCGGUGAUGGCGGACGGUGAACGGUCACCGCUGCUGUCUGAACAGCAAGACGGGACCAACGGCUUCUCUCCCGUGGGCAGCUCACAUGGAUAUACGUCCAAACCACAGAGUUUAGCGCCAUUCCCCAGCUCAGCAGCACCAGUUGAUCCUCCACCCCCGUACUCACCUCAGGGUAGCCCGGACAGCAGCACCGCUCCGGUCAUUAGCUGCCGGGUCUGUCAGAGUGCCAUAUCUGUGGAGGGCAAGAUGCACCAGCAUGUGGUGAAGUGCAACAUCUGCAAUGAAGCUACACCAAUAAAGAAUGCUCCAGUUGGAAAGAAGUACGUCCGCUGUCCUUGUAACUGUCUGCUGAUCUGCAAGGUCACCUCGCAGAGGAUCGCUUGUCCAAGACCAUACUGUAAACGUGUCAUCAACCUGGGUCCAGUGCACAUUGGCAGAGACAGUCCUGAACAGCAGCAUCAGCCUGUUGGCAUCAGAGUUAUCUGUGGACACUGCUCCAAUACAUUCCUGUGGACAGAGUUUUCAGACCGGACCCUGGCCCGAUGUCCUCACUGCAAAAAAGUCUCUUCUAUCGGUCGGCGGUACCCCAGGAGGAGGAGCCUGAUUUGUUUGCUGUUGUUCAUAGUUCUGGCUGCCUCCACUGCAGGACUGAUGGUUGGAACAUGGAAAGCGGCCCAACACUCUAAAGGGAUCUACGUGUCGUGGGUGCUGCUGAUCCUGCUCGCUCUAUUCACCAUGGCAAGAACCUUCUACUGGAGGUGUCUGAAAAUCAGCGAUCCCAUAUCCAACAUCACGUAGAGAGAGAGUGAGAGGAAAGAGAGGGAAAGGAUAAAGGAAGGAAAGCUAGAGAGCUAGUGGAUGAUGUAGAAAACAAAAGUUCAAAUUAACUGCUAAUAUAGUGGUGACAAGCAGACGCCAGAGGUAACCACAAAAACAAUGAGCCCUGUUGCUAUGAUAAUGGAGGAAAAACAAAAGAAGGAACAGUGGGCACUAGGGGGAAGGUUGGAGACCAAAAGAUGGAUUUAGCAUAUUAAAAAUACUCCCCAUUCACUGGGUUUCGCACAAACAUGGCACCAUAAAUGUACUGCCUGUUGUCCAAAAGAUGUGAUUAUAAGCACAAUAUAUACAGACUUCUGUUUACCAUCACAAAUUCUAGGUGGCUAUUUUAUAUUUGCAGAGGUUGGGUAGACAAAUCAAGAAAAAUAGAGUACUUUGAGGUAAAAAAAAAAAAAAAAAGAAAGAUGACUAGGUUGGACAAGAGAACAGAAAACUAUUUAAUAUGUAUUUUCAAUGUUUUAUUUGUUUAAUAGCCUGAUGCUGCUAUUUUUAAUUAGCUGUUAUUUUCCCUUAAAUACCAUUUAUAUAGGUACAUUUUGUCUUUUUUUCUGAAAUUGAGUCCAGCUUUUUAAAAUGAUCAGAACUACAUUAACCCAAUGAUGUUUCUGUUUUUAAUGUUAUUUUCCAACUUUGGGGAAAAAAAUCAGGAUUUUGAGAAGUUUUUGUUGAGAGUUAGAUGAUUGAUUGAUUAGAUUGAUACGCCUGUGUGGUUAAUAUGAAGUUACAGCCAGUUGCUGGUUAACAUAGCUUAAAAAAAAGCCUAGAAACAGCUAACUAUUACAGAUAUACACAUAUCCUAUUUGUUCUUUUCAUACACUGGAGUAUAAAAAUGGCAAGUUGUGCUUUUAUGCAGAAUUCUGUACAGGAUUAUUUGUUUGCAGAUUUUAAUUUCAGACAUAGCCACCCUAGCUGUUUCUAGUCUUUUUGCU